CCCAGUAGGAACAGGCUGGCAGCCUACACCUCCCUGCCCCAUUGGGGGUCCCUCCGUCUCCUGACCCAGGGUUGUCUCCAUGGUGGGGACACUGCCAAUGGGCCCCCCCCCCGCUCUGCAUUGUGGGUAAUAUCUCCUGUACAGAUAUGUUCCUUCAUGGGGGUGUCCGCUGUAAAUUCCUAGGCACAGAACUCCUGGGUCCAACAGCCCUCCUGGGGGGACCGGACCUGCCCUGGGCUGGCAUCACUGCUGCCAGCUUCUCCUGCACAGGCUUCUUGAAGGGUGACAGGGUGUCCCCAUCCCAGUUUUCCUGUGCUGAGGGUGUCAUCGGUCAUGUGUUGCCCAGAGACAUGAGCCUGGGCUGAAUUAGUCCCUGGUGGAGACUGCUCAGAAAUGGGGAACGGCUCCUGGCUGAGACCCUUGUCCAGCGUGACUGCUCCAGGCCUCUGUCCCCUGCACCCCGGGGCUGGGGGCAGGGACCUCAGUGUCUCAGCCUCUGGCCACACUGACUGCCCGCAUUGCUCAGUCACUUCCUGCGGUUGACUAGAUUAGGGCUUUGUGUGCCGAGACACACCACAUCUGACCCCCUCUCCCACCCUUCGUCCUUCUUCCUUGGCCCCCACUGCCCCUUUGGGGUCCUCCUGCUCCCAGGCACACGCCCCUGGCUGCCAUGUCCCAGCACAGACCACCAAGGCCGAGAACCCCCAGUUCGCAUCUCCCCAGGGCAGGACUUGUUGGAGGCCUCUCUCAGCCCUAGAGGGGAAUUGUGUGCAGGGAAGAGGAGUGCCCUCCCCUCUGAGCCUCAGUUCCUUCGUCUGCACAGCGGGCACCCAUCAGAAUGCUGGAACGUGCAGGGGCCAGAGGAAGGAGGCCCCCGGGACGUGGUUCGGGUGGCCUCCUGACCUCGGCUGGCCUGGCUACCUCCCUCAAAGGCUCAGAUGUGGCUGUGACCAGCCAUUCCUAGGGCCCCAGGCUGAGGUGGGGCCAGGGCAGAAGCAGGAGGAGCUCCCAGAGGAGGUAGUGCCAGGCUACCCUCAGACAGUCCUUGCAAGGCCACAGGGUCAGCAGCUCUGGCUGAGACCCACACCUCCAACCCGACUCGCAAGUCCCCUUCCCCCUCUGCGUCUCCCUUUGCGCCUGCCCAGGGAGCCAUGCUGGGGUACCACUGAGGCAGCGGGAAGGUGGGGCGGCCCCCACAGAGAUCCUAGGGGCUUGGGUGCAUAUGCGAGGGUUGGGGGGCCUUCACAGGCUCUAACCUAUGACCUGGAAGGCAGGACUCUAGUCUUGCCCACCAGAGAGAGACAAGAAGUGGACAUGGGGGGUGGCUUCAGGAAGGGCCACGAGCUCCUGAUGGGGGAUGUGACCUGGAGGCCGGGCUGCCGUGAGAGCUGUGACUGGCCAGCAGGAAGUGCUCACUUGGCCCACAGAGGCUUCCUGGGCUGGUCAGGGGCUGCUGCCCCGGACUUCCUCCCCAACCUUACUGGCCCAGUACUUGGGUCCCAUGAGGCACCUCUGCCAGAAAAAGUGGCCCUGGCUACCAGGCCACCUCAGGUCAUCCGUGGGCCUCCCACAGGCUGGCUGGGGGCAGAAGCUGGCUUAUCUCGCCGGGCCCUGUCUCCUCCUUCGCCUGCAUUCAGGAAGCUGGUGUUGGGGGUCCAGCAGACAGGAAACCCAAGGCCAGUUGGCUGAAGCCCGGAGAGCCCAGAGCAGCCGGUGCCCAGCCCUGACAGCAUGUGGGUGCUCCUGCUGCUGUGGCCCCUGGCACUGGGGUUCAGCCCUGAGAGUGGUACCCAGACCCCCAGUGUCUACGACGAGGAUGAGAGCACAGAGAGAGGAGACAAUGGCACGUUGGGACCUUGGACUCAGCCCCAGGUGGUGACCCUGUGCCCAUCCGGUCCACGAAGCUUCCCCAGCUGGUCCUGUGCCAACAACAGUGACACUCUGGACCUUUGGGACAGCUCUCGGGCGCUGCUGCUAGGCUGGGUGCCCACAAGGCUGGUGCCCGCUCUCUACGGGCUGGCCCUGGGGGUGGGGCUGCCUGCCAACGGCCUGGCACUGUGGGUGCUGGCCACGCGGGUGCCUCGGCUGCCAUCCACGGUGCUGCUCAUGAACCUGGCAGCCGCUGACCUGCUGCUGGCCCUGGCCCUGCCACCCCGCAUCGCCUACCAUCUCCGGGGCCAGCGCUGGCCCUUUGGCGAGGCUGCCUGCCGCCUGGACACAGCCGCACUUUACGGCCACAUGUACUGCUCCGUGCUGCUGCUGGCUGCCAUCAGCCUGGACCGAUACCUGGCCGUGGUGCACCCACUGCGCGCCCGCACCCUGCGAGGCCCAUGCCUUGCCACUGGGCUUUGUGCUCUGGCCUGGCUGGCAGCGGCCACCCUGGCGCUGCCCCUGGGGCUUCAGCAGCAGACCUUCCAACUGUCACGCUCGGACCAUGUACUCUGUCACGAUGUGCUGCCCAUGGGUGCCCAGCUCUCCUACUGGCGACCGGCCUUCAUCUGCCUGGCCGUGCUCGGCUGCCUCCUGCCCCUGCUGGCCAUGCUGCUCUGCUACGGGGCCGCACUGCACGCGCUGGCCGCUGGGGGCCGCCGCUACAGCCACGCACUGAGGCUGACUGCACUGGUGCUGGCCUCCGCCCUGGUCUUCUUCGCGCCCAGCAACGUGCUGCUGCUGCUGCACUACUCGGACCCAGGCCCAGAGGCCUGGGGGAACCUGUACGCAGCCUACAUGCCCAGCCUGGCACUCAGCACCCUCAAUAGCUGCGUGGACCCCUUUGUCUACUACUAUGUGUCCACCGAAUUCAGGGACAAGGUGCGGGAGGCGCUGCUUUGCUGGGUGCCGAGUUCCUCCACAACUUCCAGGGAGGGGCGCAGCCGGAGGAUGGGCACCUUGUCCUCCUCACUUGUGUGACAGCCCCUCAGGUUGCAAUGAAGAGGGGUUGCAGUGGGGUGAAGAGUAUCUCCCCACAGAUGCACGUCCACUAGGAAGCUCUCAUGAGCUUGUUCAGAGACAGGGUCUGUGCAGUGGAAUGAGUUAAGAUGAGGUCCCACUGACGUAGGCUCGGCCCUGAACAUUGUAUGAAUGAUGUCCUUAUAAGAGGACACAGGGACACAGGGAAGAAGGCCAUGUGACCAUGGAGUCAGAGAUCAUGGCCACAGCUUAGACACCAAAGGUUGCUGGCAGCCACCGGAAGCCAGGAGAGGAGCCUGGGAGAAGCCCUCCCUCAGGCCCUGCAGAAGGACCCAGAAUUGAGACAAUAAAUUGCUGUUGUCUUAA